AUGACUGACCGGGACCCCUCCAACACUCCUGCCCCCGGUAGCUCUACCGCCGCUGAUAAUACAGAAGCUACCAAGUCUCCGGUCCGAGGUAUUCCCGAGGAGCUUCUCUCAGUCAAUGCGAGUGAUUCAAAAUCUCCACCGGCAUCUGAUCCUGUUGAUGACGGCAAUGGAAGCAAUACUUGCGCUGCUGUGUACGAUCCGUCUGGCUUUUAUGCCCGUGCCUAUGAAAUGGCUGCAAACGAAGGUGUUUCGCCAGCUGCUACUCCUGAGCCGCCGGCUCGGCUGGAUGCGAGGGGGAAGGGUAAUGCAGAUCUUUCCAAGAUACCUGGCCUCGGUAUGAUGGGAAAUAGUGAAAUCCGCUUUGUUGGACGUGAACCACGCAAGGUAGGCCGUGGAGAUACAGGUGCUUUAAUGUACCAGGAUAGUCUUCCCAGUGCACCACCUCGGACAACCCCAUCUCAGCCAAUCUCCAAAGGUCGUGUCGUGAACGACUACAAUCCCUUCCCACCUGAAGGCUAUAGUGCGGAUGACAUGGACAUUGAUGACUUUUCUGAUCUUGGUGGACCUAGCCGGGGCCGUUCUGAAUCACGCCAGCCUGGUUUAGCUGAGGGCUCCUACUACAACCCUACGUGUUAUGGAUCAUCCAGUACAGCUCCAGGAUCUAUGCAUUUCCAGAGUCGCGGAGAGCCCUCGAGAUCAGCUUCCGGCUUUCGUCGAACUGAGAGCACUGAAGCGGGUCCUUCUGGACAAUACAUGGCACAUAACCCAACAUACGGAUAUCGCGGCGAUGAUGACUCCUUUUAUGACGAAGGUGACAAUUACAGUGAGCGAUCUGCUUCUGUCUAUGGACGCCCGGAACAAGUCCAAGCUCAGAUUGACAAAUAUCGCAUCCCCAAGUAUUCUGAUCGACUGGGUGCAUCUAAGAAGGGAGCUCAAAAGUCUAGUUUUCCUUCAAAGCGUCCCCGCGCAAACGACGACGAUGACGACGAAUAUGACCCCGCCAAUCUGGACGCUAUUAACUACUCCGAGAGCGAGUUUGGCUUUGGAUCUGAGCAAUAUGAUGAUGAUGAUGACGAUGAUGUGUUUGUUGAGCAGAUGGGACCACCACGGGGGAAAAACAAAAAGAUGAGUCGCCGGGAGGAGAAAGGGAAAGGCAAGGCAUAUGAGCCCUUUACGACGGGCACCUAUACAACCCUUCGUGUCCCUUCUAAAGCAUCAGGCGGCAAGGAUUUCAUCAACCAUGGCGAAAAUCUCAAGCCAUCGCGUUACAGUGGUGCAACCAUGCCAUGGGGUGUCAAUAAAGCCCCUGAUAUGGUCGAACAAAAAGACGUGUCUGAUGCUGCACUCUUGAAGCGUGGGAUUAAGCGUCCUCGAACCGGCAAAAUCUGUCCCCGUGGCUAUGGAGCAAAUGACCCGGAAAACAUUGAAAUCGUCAACCUGAAGGAGAACAAAGGCAUUGGAUUUGCCCGCAUUUCGCAGAUCCUCAACGAGAGGCGCCUGCAAACCGGAAAGUCGCCAACUCUGAGUGCCACUGGUGUUGCGAAUAGAUAUAAUCGAACUGCUCCCCUUCUCUUUGCGGCUGAAGGCAAACAGUUUAUUCCACUCUCGCAACGCAAGAGAGGUACUAUGGAUGAAGCAAAGAUUCAGUGGACUAGUGAAUGGGACACUGCUCUUGUCGCAGCUGUUAAAAAGUACGAAGCGAGCAAAUGGAAGACUGUGGCCACCCUGUUCAACGAGAUGACGGGCCUGAACGCAGAUGAUCGCUCGGUUGCUAUUCGCUAUAGCGUCCUUUAA